GUACAAGGUGACGAACCCCAGCUCGUGGCGGGCCGCUAUGCUGGAGAUGCGGGAUGGUGGUUGCUUUACUAUUGAGCCGAAGUUGAAGCAGGAGGCGAGUAUGCUAUUGGGUUCUUUACUAUAUCUCUCUUUCUCUCUCUCUCUCUCUCUCUCUCUCUCUCUCUCUCUCUCUCUGUGUGUGUGUGUGUGUGUGUGUGUGUGUUGGUAACAUGGUGUGAGAACUAUCUGGCUGACGUGACUUCCCACAAGGAGCGCCGUUUCUAGCUCACCGGCAGGCAAAGACAGAGAACGAUAGUAUUAUCCAUCGCCUGAUGAUUCGCAA